AGAGAGAGAGAGAGAGGGAGAUUAGGCAUUUCUUCAUAUUCUGUAGUCACUCCAGUCCUGCUUGUAGGAACAGAUGUCUCUUUCCUGGGGCAACAGCAUUCAGGUCCAGAAGGAAAUUUUCUUACCAGCACCUCUUCUAACAUACAAGGGGGAUCGGGCCAGAGAUUGCUGGAAAGCCAACAACCAUGACGACCUUCUCCACCCAAAUGCCAGCUCUUGACCACACCAACUCUACCCAGGAACCCAACUCCAGCAAUUACAUGUUCUCCAAGUUCAUCCACCUUGACAAAGAACUGUACAAACAAUUUUACAGCCUAUGGAUUGCCCUGAUAGUUGUCAAUGCCAUUAUCUUCCUGGUGGGUGUUGUGCUGAACAGCUUGGCAUUGUAUGUAUUCUGCUUCCGUACUAAGACAAAAACCACCUCUGUGAUUUACACCAUCAACUUGAUUGUUACCGAUCUCUUGGUAGGCUUCUCCUUACCUGUACGGAUCAUCAUGUUCUAUACUGCAGAGGACUGCCAGAAUUGCUCCUUUGUUCAUAUCUUUGGCUACUUUGUCAACAUGUACUGUAGCAUCCUCUUCUUGACAUGCAUCUGUGUUGACCGCUACCUGGCUAUAGUACAGGUGCAAGCCUCACGAAAAUGGAGGAACCCCACCUGUGCCAAGGGGAUCUGUGUCUUCAUUUGGAUCUUUGCAACUGUAGUGACUUUCUCCAUCCUCACCAUGGCAAUACAGUUUGCCCAGUGCUGCCUCUCUGAGAUUCUGGUCCUGAUGGUCUGCGAGUACUUCUUCCCCCUCAUCAUAAUCAUCUUCUUCACCACCAGGAUUAUGUGUGCUCUGUCCAAGCCCAGCCUCAUGCACCAGAGUCGGGAGAGGAGAAUGAAGGCUGUGCAACUCCUUAUCACCGUCCUCAUCAUCUUCAUGAUCUGCUUCACUCCUUUCCAUGUGCGACAGGUUGCGAUCUCCAUCAACCCAGACAUGCCACGAAAUGUCAGCCUCCUCGUCUACCAUGUGACGGUGACUCUGAGUAGUCUCAACAGCUGCAUGGACCCUAUUGUCUACUGCUUUGUCACCAACAACUUCCAGUCAACCAUGAAAAAUAUCUUCAGGAAAACCGAACCAGAGCAAACCACUGUGGACAUCCUGGGUAUGAACAAGAACACCAAGGGCUCCAAUGCAAUCAUCACCUUCUCAAACACAAUAGGAAGCCCUGUGAGCUUGCCAUCUCCAAGCAGCGUCCAGAUCUAACCCAGUUCUGAUGGGACAUCUUGCAGUAAACCAGUGUAAUGAUGCUGGAACCCUGGUAGGGUGCAUGGUACCAUUGUCUGAUGUCUUUGUUCUUUAGGGAGACUUUCAGAAUGACAGUGGUGGAAUUUCUUCCUCAAAAACAUUGUGGUCUGUUUGGAAAACUGAACUUGCAGUGCUUUUAGUACCAAUACAAAAGAGAGUUUAUUAAUUACUGUUCCCCACAGGAAUGUUUUCUUUGUACUUUAAUACAGACGUUUUGCUAACAACAAAUUCCAUAUUGUGGUUUUCUUUUCCUGUUUGACAUUGUAAUGCAACACUACUACAACAGCUUGGAAAGCAGUAAGUCCCUCUGUUUUCUAUGAAAGCUUUUCAGGCCUUGGACAUGUACUUAAGAGUAAAGGAUAAGAGUCAUGUUUCCAGGGAUACCCAUGACAAAGAUGCCAAAGGGAUGAGACAUAAAGUACUGUAACACACGUAUCACCAGCAUCUACUCACUUGUUUCUGAAAAGGUCAUAACUUUUCCAGGGUAGAGAUUGCAAAGUCAAGCAGUACUAUUGCUCCUUCAUUUAAGCAUAAGAGAAAAAGUAUUUGUGGGUAUGUAUGUUUUCAUACACAUUGUCUGGGCUUGGGGAAAGAUUAAAGAUAUGUUCCACUA